UGUCGCUGCUCGUCGCGGACGGGUCACCACGGGGCUGGCUGGCUCUGGUUCUCCAUUUUGUAUGUUUUUCCUGGAGGUUAGCGCCUACUUUCCUAAUGGCUAGCUGCGAAUCACCAUAACUCAAAGCCAGCUCACCUCACAGUGCAGUGCAGCGCAGUUUGUGCAUGACAACUCACAGCUCGGUCGACAGCUAACGCACUCACGCUCUGUGUGUUUUUCUUAAUCGAGCCAUGUAGCUGGGACACGACGAGCGAAGCUGCGGUGACAAACACUGGGUCGGUUUUGUUUUGGGCUGCCACUUUCAACCAAAACAAUGUUGACAGACGACCUGUGGACACACACCAACAAUCAGUCGUUUCAAGGAUGGAUAAAGGUGGAGUGAAGAAGAUAACACACAGGAGAGAUGACCAUUUAAGCAAACUGGUCUACACCGAAAGCCCUGAGGAGGGAGGUCUGUUAAAGGUGGCUCCUCACAGCGCUGUGUCCAUCACCACACCUGCCACGUCUGUCGUUCUUCCAUCCAGCCCGUUCAUGCAGCCAGGACAGGUGCCCAACGGCCUCAGCAACAGCCCUCUACCAGAGGAACUCACCUCUGUUACUGCCAUCGUAGGCCCCUUUCUGGAAGACCAAGAAUCCAGGAGCCUGACCAAAGAUCAGAAGCUGCAGCAGCAGUUACUCCAGACACAUACGUUCGGGCAUCAAACCUUGAGGGGAAAUUUGCCCCAGUUGGAGGCCAUGGAUUCACUCAUCGGGGGAUCGGAUCCCAACUUCUUCCCGAUGAAAACAGAAGACUUCUCCAUGGAUAAAGGAGACCAGGAACCCAUUGACCUCGAUCAUGCCUUUGAGCACAUUGGGAAAGAUGUGGACGUGCAGCAGAAGUUGUUCAGUGACAACGCUCUGGACUUGCUCCAAGACUUCGAGCUCAUUGGGUCCCCUUCAGAUUUUUAUGUAGGGGACGAUGCCUUCCUGACCUCUCUGGCAGAUGAUUCUCUGCUCGAGGACGUUAGCUCGGAGAAGGACCUAAAGACUGCUGCGGCUGACAGCAUUAUCAGCAGUGGGGCAAUCUCUGUUGCUGUCAAUGGUAGCACUAUGACAAGUCCAGAUCUGUCCUGCUCUAGCAUAUCCACAACUGCCUCCCUAACCCCUACAACCACUUUGUCUGUGUUAGUGAAGAAAGAGAAAGACGGUGGCUUCAUUCAGCUCUGCACCCCGGGUGUGAUCAAGCAGGAGAAGUCGUCUGCAGACCAGAGUUAUUGCCAAAUUAGCGGCACGUCCUCCACUGACAUGCCGAGCUCUAACUCCAUCUCCAUCUGCGGGGUCAGCACUUCAGGAGGACAGAGCUACCGCUUCGGAGUCAACCCCAGCAGCAAUGAAGCUCAGCAGCAGAAGGAUCAGAAGUUGGUGUCCAGCAUGUAUCUCCCAGUGACGACCAUCGGUGGGCCCUGGAACAGAGGCCAGGGUGUUGGGGACAACUCAGCAAUGCACCGGGCCAGUGAGGCUUUUAGCUCUCCCUCUUACCCCAGCUUUGCCAGCCCUACCUCCAGACAGGAAGCGAUCACCGCUGUGACACAGGGAAAAAGCGGGACUCAUAAAAUCUGCCUGGUGUGCUCUGACGAGGCCUCGGGCUGCCACUACGGCGUUCUCACCUGCGGCAGCUGCAAGGUCUUCUUCAAGAGAGCGGUGGAAGGGCAGCAUAAUUACCUGUGCGCUGGAAGGAACGACUGCAUAAUAGACAAGAUCAGGAGAAAGAACUGCCCAGCCUGCCGCUACAGCAAGUGUAAGAUGGCAGGCAUGAACCUGGAAGCGCGCAAAACCAAAAGGUUGGCCCGCAUAAAGGACUCAAACAGAGGCAAUCAGCAGAGCAACCCGCCCGAGCUGACGCCUCCGCCAAUAGAGGCUUGCUCCCCCCUAAAGUGCCUGCCUCAACUCGUUCCCACAAUGUUGUCCUUGCUCAAGGCCAUCGAGCCGGACACCAUUUACGCCGGCUACGACAGCACCCUGCCUGACACCUCCACCCGCCUCAUGACCACCCUCAACAGGCUGGGCGGUCGGCAGGUCAUCUCUGCAGUCAAGUGGGCCAAGGCUCUGCCAGGUUUCAGGAACCUGCACCUGGACGACCAGAUGACUCUGCUGCAGUGCUCCUGGCUCUUCCUCAUGUCUUUCGGUCUUGGCUGGAGGUCUUACCAGCAGUGCAGUGGCAACAUGCUCUGCUUCGCGCCAGACCUCGUCAUCAAUGAGGAGCGGAUGAAGCUGCCCUACAUGGCCGACCAGUGCGAGCAGAUGCUGAAGAUCUCCAGCGAGUUCGUCCGGCUGCAGGUUUCCCACGACGAGUAUUUGUGCAUGAAGGUCCUGCUGCUGCUCAGCACAGUGCCAAAGGAUGGCCUGAAGAGCCAGGCGGUGUUCGACGAUAUCCGGAUGUCGUACAUCAAGGAGCUGGGGAAAGCCAUUGUGAAGCGUGAGGAGAACUCCAGCCAGAACUGGCAGCGUUUCUAUCAGCUCACCAAGCUGCUCGACUCCAUGCAUGAGAUGGUCGGCGGACUGCUCAGCUUCUGCUUCUACACCUUUGUGAAUAAAUCCCUGAGUGUCGAGUUCCCGGAGAUGCUGGCGGAGAUCAUCAGUAACCAGUUACCAAAAUUCAGGGCCGGCAGCGUCAAACCUCUCCUCUUCCACCAGAGAUGACUGUGCCCCGUAACAGACACAAUGCCUUAAAAAAAAAAAAAACCCCACCACAUCACCUCACCACGCCCACCCUAACCCCUCGCCCCCAAACCCUCCCCAGAGUAGCGACGUUAAAAAGGACCGAGGAGUAAAUGGUUUUUGGGAACGAGUAUGCAACUUUGUGUCGUGGGUUACGGGUCUGGAGGGAGAGAGUGGACAGACUGGAGAUGUUUGUGUAGGAACCAGACAGCAAGCACAGAGGUUUUGACGAGCAGACUGAGAUGUAGUGUAUCGUAACAAGUAGGAAAAUGUUUGUAAGAUAAAAGAUAAUCGCAAAGAGAAAUAGGCUAACAUCCAUGUUGUCUCAGGUUUCUUACCUUCAAAUACAUUACGAUAUCUAAAAAUAGAUAAACAAAUAUCUAUGUACAGGUUCUGAUAGUAUUUUCUACAUUUUCAAAUUGUAACAGUUUAUACAAUAUUCCAGGUGGUCGUUACCUGAGAGGGUAACAACAAUAACAUGCUCUUUACGCAGGCUUUUUGACUGUAUGUUCCUCUUUUAGUUUUUAUAUGAGGUUGUAACAAAACGUUUCAGUCACAUGGGGGGGAAAAAACGUUUUCCAGUCAUGUACAAAAAGCAUAUUUCAUUGCUUUGAUUGAUACUUUGGACACUGACACAAUCUCUCAGAUUGUUGAUCGGCGCGCACCAUUCUAAGGAUGAUUUCUCCCACAAGCUGACCUCUUCCGGUUUUACACACGUCUGUUUCUAAAAGGGAAAAUAAUAUGUGCCUUUUUUGCUUCAAAUAUCAUCUUAGCCACUUCACUCCUCCUGUUUUUAAGGCUUGCUCCUCGCGCUCUACCUUCCUCGUACGUUGAUUGUACUUUUCACGUUACAUGCAGUUGCAAGUUUUCCUUCUCUUCAGCGGCUGUUUUAUCUUUUAGAAGCGGCAGCUCAGUCCAUCCUCAGUGUGUGUGUGUGUGUGUGUGUGUGUGUGGAAAUGAUCCUUUUCAUUAACAAAGAAUAUUCAAAGUCUGCUUCCUUUCACACAACAUCAUGCACACUCAACUCCUUAAGUGCGAUUUGAGCACUUUGUACCCCGCUUAAGGCUUUAAAAGACUGUGAACAAAGACUGUUAUGCUGUACCAGUCUGUUAGUAUGACUCUAGAUGGAAGGUAGAGGGUUUUUUUGUUUUUUUUUAAUAGGAAAUAGCCAGCUUUGUUUAUUUUAGGCCCCCCACUUGUGCCCCAAUAGUCUGAUAAUGGAAUGUGAUAGAUAUCUGCGUCUACCAAUCAUAGAAGAGAGGGCAUAUUUUAUUGUGUUUGCAAGAUUAUGUCAUUUGUAAUUCAUCAGGAAAACAAUUUUUUUUCUGUUGGCUCGAACUGAUUGGAAAAUAACCGUCCUUCGAGUUUUUGAAGUUCUUUUUACAGUCGACUUGGAAAAAAACGUGACAAACAUGGAGUCAUGGCUCUGCCACUGAUGAUCCUUCUUCAACAGUGUGUACAUCUUAUUCGGAUGAAUUAAUUAUUGGCAGACUAUGCAUUGUUGCUUUGCUAUAUUUCGUCACGGAAAAAGUGUAACAUUUUGGGAAACGUGCUAGAGAUAGUUGACAAGAGAAGGUUGAGCCCGCUCUCACGUCUGUACGGUAAAUGUAUAGCUGGAGUCAGCAUCUAGUAUCUAGCAUCAGACAUGAGAGCGGUAUCAGUUUUCUCAUCUAACUCGCAAGACAGUGUAACACAUUCCCCAAGAUAUAAACUUUUCCCUUUUAAAAUGAACAGUUUGUAUGAUAGACAGCUCGUGUGUACAGCACUUUGUAUCAAACAUUGGCAGAUUCAUCAACCUGUAAACCUCCCACAGCUGCUGAUAACCUCUGACCCCCCCUCCUAUUCAACUCUUUCUCCUACUUCAACGCCCUGUAGGCACCUUGUCUUAAUGUCUGUGUAUCUUUAGUACAUUUGCACGUUUGUUUGUUUGUUUGUUUGUUUGUCCGUCUGUCUGUUAGUUAGUCAAGCCCCAACUUACCGAAAGCACUUAGCAUCAGUCACCUCAUGGAGUCACGUCACAGUUAGAGCGAGCAGCGUCAGUGACUGGGGAGGCAGGCAAAAUGGAUCCUUUUAUUCUCUGGGAACUAUUUCAGUGCCAAACUCCUGUUUUGUCUGUUUUCAGUGAUGCUGAAAGUCGGUCAGUGUUUGUGAAUGAGAAGAAGAAACGAGUUCCAGUAUUGAAGCUAAUAAAUGACUCCACAACUAGAAAAAAAAAAGAAAAAAAAAGAAGAAGAAAUCUGAGCUUCGGUCCACUGAUGGACGUCUUUAUUAAUGAGUGAUAACUGAGCUGUAACACCAGGCACUCACAGAUGUGCAAUCACAUAGUAAAAUGUGUGUUGGUCAGUAAGUAUCCCCUUUUUGUUUGUGUGUUGUGUGAGUUUGUGGGAAUUUGAAAUUGUCCUGCAACAUUUUUAUCAGCACAAAACGAUCCAGGUUUUGACGUGAAUGUGAAUCUUAAAAGACAAAUUUAAAGGUGGCGGUUUUAAAAUAACUGGAUGAAUAUGUCAACUGUCACCGGUGUAUUUAAAUUAUGGAAAUCCUUCUAUCACUAAGCUAUCCCAACGAUAAAUCUAAAAGGCACUCAUUAUAAAGGUUGAACUGCUCCCACGCUCAGGUUGUUUUUCGAAUUUGAUGUCUGAUUCUCCUGGUAUGUUUUAAUCGUUUAUGUCCCGACUCUUGAGAACCAAAAACUGUCAGUUUGGAUUCCCACGUGUCUGCUUCUGUGAUCUACAGUGUGUUUUUGUCAGGUUCAAGUGGUCGGACUCGCUCGACAGUUUCAGAUAAAGUUUCAGGAAUGUUCUGCCACGGCCGUCAUUCACACUCGGCAUACUUCGUUUUCUUUCUUUUAACAGUCGAAGAUUAUCUUUGUUAACUGCAUAGGGGUUACUAAUGGGUUACUUUCACAUUCAGUGUAUCCAAAUCUCUGCUGCUGUUCAUUUAAACAGGUAUAUAUAUAUAUAUAGAGAGAGAGAGAGAGAUAUGAAAUCGCACACUUGCCUCUUCUUGCUCAAAAAUGUAUGCCUGCUUGUUGGUUGUACAUUUUUGAGGAGGACAACUGAAUAUGCAAUAGAACCGACAGAUAAUCUUAUCACCACCAUCACAUAACACGAUGUGGUCGCUUCCUCUUUUUUUUUCCCAGUAUAAGCUAUUUUACAUACAGAAGAUUCACAUUUAACUUAUCUCUGCAGGCCAGAUUUUCAGGAAACAUACACUUCAGUCAGUAAUCAGUCUACCAAGGCUGCACAAACAAACAUAAAAACUGAAAAAAAAAAAAAAAAAAAAAAAAACCUAUUUGAUGUUUGACUACAAGGUGACCAAAGCAAGUACAGACAAAUUCAACAUGUUUCCGUGUAAGUAGCUCCUAGAAGUCAAAUGUACAGAUCUUUUUGUUUUAUUUUAAAACAAACAAACAAAAACACAUUUUUUACUCUAACAUGAUGGCUUUGGUCAAAUUGUGUAAUACUGUGAAUAGGAUAGGAGUCAGUCUUUUUUCACACAAACUGUUUGUGAAAGUAAUCAACCAGCUUGAAUCUAAAAAAGAUUUGCACUACCCAAAUAUUGUUUUAAAAUCUAUUUUGUAUAAAACAUAUGCAGACAUUAACUUUUGAGAAUUAUCAAGGGCAGAUCAUGUUUCACUGUUAUAUGCUUUCUCUUAAAAAAAACAAACAACAGAAAAAAAACAAUUUGUUUUGCUUACAUUUUUUGAAUAUGUACAUAUAAUCCAUUGUAAAAAAAAAAAAAAAAAAAAA